AUGAGGAAGCUCUCCGCCCUUGUCGACUCUGGAGCUGAAGCAAGUUUCCUGGACCGCGGCGUGGCCACCAGGUGGGGCAUUCCACUUACCCGGAUGCCACAGUCCCUGGUGGCCAACUCACUCAGUGGAUUCUUCUUUGUGGGAAAAAAGGAUGGAUCCUUACGCCUGUGUAUCGACUACCGAGCCCUGAAUGACAUCACCAAGAACCGCUACCCUCUCCCCCUCAUGGCCCCAGCAUUUGAACAGCUACAAGAGGCUACCGUCUUCACCAAGCUAGAUUUACGCAAUGCUUACCAUCUUGUGCGUAUCCAAGAAAACCACGACAUCGGCAACCGGGAACUUCUGGCAGUUAAACUGGCCUUAGAAGAGUGGAGGCACUGGCUGGUGGGAGCUCAAGUCCCCUUCUUGGUGUGGACCGACCACAAGAACUUGGAGUAUCUGCAAACCGCCAAGAGGCUCAACUCUCGCCAAGCCCGCAAAGAGGAGAAACCGGACACCAUCCUACCUACCAACUGCUUCGUCAAUGCUGUUCAGCUGGAAAUCGAGGACGGCGCAAUGCUCAGAACGGCGAAGCAGGUCCCAGUAACUGCCCAGACAACCGCCUUUUUCCUGACCACCAGAGACAUCCCACUACGCGUCGAGACACGUAAGCUGGCGCCCAGAUACAUUGGCCCUUUCCCCAUCACCAAGAUCCUCAGUCCCACUGCAGUUCACCUCAGACUCCCAUCCACCAUGCGCCGGAUUCACCCCACGUUCCAUGUGUCCAGAAUUAAACCGGCUGUUACCCACCCUCUAUGUCCCACCCCUGAGCCCCCCCACCCCCCUGACUCAUCGAUGGAGGCGAAGCCUACACGUUCCCGAAAAGCAGCUUAUGUACUGCUGUAUAUAUCUGUAGCAGUAGUUGUCUCACUGACGAUGUGUGGAAACCUGCUUGUGAUCAUCUCCAUCUGUCACUUCAAGCAGCUUCAAACACCAACUAAUUUCCUCCUGCUCUCUCUGGCGAUGGCAGACUUUCUUGUUGGGGUACUUGUGAUGCCCCUUUAUUUUACUAUGUUGAUAGAUCCACACAGUUGCUUUGGUAUAUUGUAUUGCACAAUAUUUAGUGUAGCAGCAUUUUACCUCACUUGUAUAUCAAUUUAUAAUGUAGCUUUAAUUGCAGUGGACCGAUAUAUUGCUCUCUCCAAACCAUUUCACUACUCCAUGAAAAUGACAACGAAUAUAACUUUGAGGAUAAUAGCAAUACUGUGGUUGUAUUCAUUAAUCUACAAUAUGAUGCUUCUUUAUUUCAAUGGAAAUAUUAUUGACAUGAAAGCAAACGUGCCAUGUGGUGAGUGUAUUGUUACAGUUAAUAAUGAAUGGUCCAUUAUUGACUUCAUAAUUGUAUUUUUUUUGCCAUGCUCAAUGAUAAUAAUUAUGUACCUGAAAAUUUUCACUAUUGCUACAAAACAAGCAAAUAAAAUUAGGAGUGUCAGAAAGUGCCCACAAAUACAUAAUAGCUCAAUGGCAUCUGAAAGGAAAGCAGCAAAAACCCUUGGAGUUCUAGUGGCAGUAUUCCUACUGUGCUUAGUACCUUACUAUGUAAGUACCUUUCUUAAUGCCUUUUUGAAGAACAGAUCUGUGCAUCUUACAAUAUCAAUUGCAGCGUCUCUAGUAUAUUUAAAUUCCUCCAUCAAUCCAAUCAUUUAUGCUCUUUUCUAUCCAUGGUUUCAGAGGUCUUUUAAACUCAUAUUAACACUUAGAAUAUUUGGCACUGACUCUUCCCUUCUGAAUGUGCUUGCACGGGAAACAAAUGUGAAAUGA